GUUCCCUUAGAGCGGUAAACGUUCUAUCGUGAGGCUCCUUGCUCUUAUCGAGACGUCCUUAAUAUCUGUCCAUUCAUUAUCGUUGAACGGCUUUCUUGUUCGUUUCCCAAAUCUACUUAUCAGUACGCACAUUUUCCUCAACAACGUAAGAUGUCAGGUCAGUCACAACGUGGGAAGACGAAGUCUUUGAGAGCUCGAAAUCAACGUAUGUCAAUGCCCCCCAUUAAUCCUUUGCGUGUGGCGCAUGCUCAGAAUGCCUCAAAUGACAACUUGGGGAUAUACGCGAACCCCAGACUAACGUAUAUUCUUGGACGCCAUGUUAUUGGAAAUGUGGGGGAAAUCAUUACUCUUGAAGGCGACCAUGUUCACGGUGUGAUAAAGGCUAUUUCUCCUUCCGCUGACCUCGGUAUAACGUACGCUCAAGUUGCACAAAAAAAUGACAAAGGUAAUCGUAAGAACGUGGCUGACAAAACCAUUCUCUGGACAGAAAUUAAAAUGGUUCAAAUAUCUAACGUUAAAAGGUUGGACUGCCUAGUCGAUGAUAUAAAAACGGACAGUGAGAUCGCCAAAGACUGUUCAACUAACAACUUUGUGGAAGACAAGGAGCUGGUGCCGUUCUUUGCCUCGUCUGAUGUCGUCAAAGACUGUUUACUUGAUCAGGGAAGCUUUUCUGCGAUGGAAAUGUUUGAGACGAAUGAAAAAAUGUUUUCUGUCGUUUCCACGUAUAAUGACGAUCUCCGAGAGUAUACGACACCUGUUGACAGGUCUGCUCCAAAUUUCUCUGAAACCGAGGCGCGGUGUGCAAAACUAGCGCAAGACAUCACAGAAAAUUCUCCAUGUAUUAGUUUAGUUGACAAUGAAGAUAUUGGGAUGGAAAAUGAGGAGGAAAAGUAUAGUGCUGUUAGACGCAACGGGACAGUCCAGAAUUCGAUGCGGAAUGCGAAAAGCAAUUCUCGAACAAAUCUAGCUCCUGCAGAAACUCAAGUCAAUUGCCUUGGCAGUCAACUGUCUCAGGUAUGUAUUCAGUCAAGUAAGCCAAGUCACACCGAAGCUGUUCGUGUGAGUAUAUCUGUUGGGGAUGCACUAAAGUCAGACGUUGUUCCACAAGUUAAUGUAAUAUCUAAAUCCAGCACCCAAGCCGAUAAAGAUAAGGUCAAACUAUGUCACGACCAACCUACUAAAGUGUCUACACCUACUUGCGUGUGCACGUCAGCACCUGUGAAAACCAAUGUUGUUGAUGUACCUGUGUCGUCUGUUAGUAAAUCAAGCAGUACUGAAGAGCGUGUUAAGAAAUCAACACUCGAUCCCAACGCUCCUGAGUUCCAGCCUAUGGGUUUGUCUUAUACUUCACAUUCUGUUGCUACUAUGCCUCCUACUCUUCAACCUAGUUUACCUACUCUAAACAUGCCUAUUCCACAUUACGUAUCAACGGUAAACGUUAUUUCUCAAGCCUCUCAAUUACCGACACAAGCUACGUUUAUUGCUGCAGGUCAGCACAUGUAUGCACCUUACUCCUAUGGUCACCAGACACAUAUUCAACAACUACUACCUACUCCAGUUUGUUCCAAUGGACCUGGCACAAACCCUCAGCAUGUCCGAGGUAGUGCAUUACCCCCGUCUGUUAAUCAACAAAGCUAUGUCACUCAUGGUAGUAAUAUGAUGCAUCAGUUGGGACAGAAUGCUACAUUAGGGCAGAUUAUUACAGCUCCUCAGGUGAUUACAGGUCAGAACUCCACAGGUCGCCUUCCAGUUUGUCCUUCAUCUUCCGUCAACUUCACACGCCAACGUUCCAAUGAUUCACCUUCUUCGGUAACCCACUGUACAUCGUAUCCCGUCCAGCAGUCAACUAUGUCUAUUCCCACCUUCCAGUCACAAGCACUAUACCAGUUACCUCAACCAAACGGUACGUUCCCUUACUUGGUUUCCAGUCAUCCUCCGGUGGGACUGCAGUUCCUUUCUGGUUUGCCUACUGCUGUCAGUUCUGGUUUGAUGAUGGGAGGUGUUCACGUAUCACAACCUUCUAGUCAGCAAAUAUGCCCAACUCAUACCAUCAUGCAAAUGCAACCUGCGCAUCUGCAAGUCCCUGUUGGACAACCAGAUCAGAUUAAUCAAACAACUACACCUCAACAAACCUCCCAAUCUCAGCAAUUAUUCUCUCAACACUUUCAAGAUCAAUCCCACUCCAUCCAAAUCCCUUCAUACGCAAAUCUCCAAGCUCCAUAUCAUCACAAUCUAAUGUUCGCUCCUCAACAGAAUUCCCCUGGGUUUUAUCCCGGGCCAUCUGCAAUGAUAGCGGCACCAGGAGUUAAUCAUAUUGCUUCUGGCUUAUCACCCAUCGUUGGCCAACCGAAUCCUCAUCCACUGAGUGCCAGCGUGGCAAAUCAGUCGAAUCAAUCCGACUCUUCUUCAACCGCCUCCCAGCAGUUACAGCAGACUCAUAUUAUGUCUCAACCGAAUUGCCAACCACAACAAAUGUUACAACAUUACCCAGCAAUCCCUCAACCUCAUCUGCUACAAACACAGCAACUGUCCGCAGCUCAACAUAUAGCCGGUCACCAUAUCCCCGGCAACCACACUUACCAUGCGCUGAUGGCAGCAAUGGCGGCCGGUGGUGGAGUGGGAGCUACACAAGCUCAUUAGUUACUGGGUGUUUUGUAAUGCCGUUGACUGACAAGUAAUAUAUUCUAAGACAAAUUCCAGCGCUUUGUAAACUACCCGAUGCCUUUCAUUCUUGACACUAUCUUUAGGUGUCUCAAGUAGUACUUUGUUGAAUCGAUCUCCAGAAAUAUGCAGGUGUAAUCUCAAAUCAUCGUGGUUUUUCCUGUUUCUGCAGGGUGUUGACAAUGAGUCCUAAAUUGUUGUGGAUGAUUCUUCUCAAAUUGUAAAAAUCGCUUGUAUGCAAAGUUUAGUAAAAUAUAUUAUCGCUAUGCAAAUAAUAUUUGUUACUGGGUUCGUAGCGUAUUUUAUUUUACCUAGAGCUGUGGACUGCACUACAACUUUAGAUUUAAUUCAGAAACAGUUCGGACGCGUCACUUAAGUCCGUUUUGUGACAAAUCUUGCGACCACUAGACGUUAGUAACAUCCAGUAAGUUAUGGACUCCAUCGUACGCCGACCCUGGUGGGUUGCCCGUGUGCUGACGCAUUUUCCGGUGUGGUUAGUGCCAUCUAGACUUGCAGUGAUACCGUGUGCUGAAGUAGUUUGUAUUUACCAGCAGUUGAGUGGCGAUGUACAGCGUGAGUCCGUCAUACAGGUAGGUCUAAUACCAGCUCCGUAUUUCGACACAGUACAGAGACCGGCCUGGUAGUCAGACUUCUGGAUAAUUUGAGCAAGCAAAUUGUUCCAAUGUUUUCUAAACGUGAGGUCAUUGUAAAGUUACACGUGGCAGCUCCCUUGCGUGGUGAUUGCUUUGGUGCAGUGGUUGUCCGUAGCAAUUUCUAAAUUCGCGGCUUUUGAGGUGAGUGCAUAGCUAGUGUAAUCUUGCAUCUUUCUCUUGCGUGUUAUUGUCCCGCAUGCUUUCGCGCGGAUCCGUCCCUUGCCUGAACUUAAAUAUUCAUGUUAAGCCUUUUAGAGCGAUGAUUAGGGUGUUUGAUUCCCGCCUUAUCCCUCCAGCAACUCGAGUCAGUGUGAUGUCACUACCUCUCAUUAAGAGUAUGCCUAAGCGAACUAAUGACAGGGAACAUAAGAAGAAUACACACGCAAAUGUCUUGCCUGUCGUUUGGAGAGUCGGACACUCCUCGAGUUCUUACCUCUCUAACGUUGAGUCGACGACGAUUUGUCCUAUUUCCGCGUAGGUUAGCUCCUCUUAACUCGAAAGUCUCCUACACUUGCCUCACUCUUCAAUCACGAGAUAAAUAUUUAGAUGAAGUCGACCGGAUUUAGGAAGUUUAUUUACUGAUAAUGAGACCGUCGUUCAAUAUAGAUUAAUGGCGAAUAGACGUUCAUCAUGCAUCGUAAGCAGUCCUACUGUCACCGACGAAGAUCAGAGAAAUUUGCGGUAAGCAGGUGCUAGUAAUACGUUGUUCUUAUGAGUGUCCUAAAUGUCAACACCAUAUGAAAUCAGGCACGCUCUACCUACCUACACCCAACUUAGCAUGCGUAAUUGAGAAAGCAUAUGCAUAGCUAGAUAAGUUUAUUUAAAAAAUAUGGCUAAAAUACAGUUUUAAGAACCGACGCUCAAUUGGAACUUUAUUAUUACUAUUCAUAAUCGUAAUAAGCGUUCUGUGAAACAUGGUUUUUAAUGAAGAUCAACCUUUAUAGCAGUGUUAAACUGCCUUCCUUUUUAACUAACUGACAAAAUUAAUUGAGACUUACUGCAAUCCUCGUCGACACUGAACUCUGCACCGACAGAACAACAAUCAAAAACUACUGGGAGUUACUACUGCGUUAUAUCCCCUCAUACAUGGCUAUAACUUUGCGUUGUGAUGUCAGUAUUUUGCAGUCUUUUGUUAUAGUGAACAAUAAAAUCCUGGAUGCUAGUGACUAAAACAUAAAGAAUUUUCACUUAGUAUGUUUAUAUUAGACCUGCACUUUCGAAAUGCCAAGCAGUGUAAAGUGGCUGACCGCUUCAGGCUAUAUGACAUGUGACAAAAUCUAGCGCAUAGAGUUAUCAUCCAUUACUCACGUUUCUAUGACCAUCUGAAAUAUGUAGUAAUAAUUCAAUGAAUUUAGCAGACUUACAAAUCCGUAUCUUCUUGCCGAAAGCAUUCAUCCGACGUUCGCAGCUCCUUCUUCAAACUAGACAAAAAAGUAUCAAGUUUCGUUGGGCUUCACUGUGCAUCAGACUUGGACUGAAACAUGAGCUGCAUAACUUUGGCACUAAAGUCUGGUAUUGCUGACCACAUUUGAUGCAGAACAAGAUUUAGUUUCGCGAAUUUAAGGCAAAUUACAAAUGUGACUUACUCAGCCGCAAUGUUCCUAGUUGUGUAGAACUUAUUUAUAAGCAUAAAUAAAACAUGUCUACGAAUCCAGCCUAGAUUCCAGCCAUGUCUAUGUCGACGAAAUUUUACAGAAACCCUGGUUCCGUUUCAAUAAUACCCUGAGAGAUAUUAAUAAGAUUACUUUACUUACCUUGUCGGCUUCUCUGUGUUUUUUGGGGAAUGUGUUUUCAUCCGUCAAACUAUUGACAUGGUAACCAGCCAGUUUGCUGAACAAAUCCUUCGCAGUCUGCAAAUUGUCUGUAUGGAAUAUCUGUAUAUGUAACUCAUCACGGUAGUGCAUAAUCUGUCGCCUGAUGUCUGACCAAUUCCCACCUGGUUGAGCACUGUUCAGGUGCAUGUCCACAAAGUUUUCAGGAUACAUUCAAAGUUCUCCCACAAGCCACUUGCUUGCUGUAAUUAGUGCCUGCUUCUUCCUGAGUCCAUUGAUAACCUCAAACUGCUUAGUAGUACACUAAAUGAUAUUUAAAAGUUAGAAACUCAUAGAACAUAUGACUAUGUCACUAGAAGACAACGGUUUCUUAAAAUAAUAAUGUCAGUGAAAAUGCUAAACCUAAUUGUUCCGUUUUCCUUAUAUCAGUAAUUAGCCCAGGUUUACCGUGUAGUACUAUGCACAUCAUCCGGUUUAAAUAAUGGGUUUCCAGUAUCCUUAAACGUAACUAUCAGUUUCUUGUAGCCAUAAUUGGCUGACGUGCCUAUAGUAGUUGCUAAAAUACUAGCUUAAAGCCUACCACAAAAAAUCUUUUGUACAUAACGGUGAGCUACUUGCUCCAUCAUAGGAUAACGGUUAUGCAUUAGAUUCUUAGUGUUCCAUAUGAGACUCAAAGAGAGAAGCGGGUCGCAAAUCGAAAGCUCUAUGCGAACAAACGUCAUCAGCAACACUUUUUGGUGGAUGUACAUUAUAGACUGUGUUUAAGUUAGUAGCACCGCUCGUAUUCCUCAAGAAAGUUACGUAAAUUAUUACUAACUGAAUCUGUUGCACCGCUGUACAAUUUAAGAUGCGCUAACCUAUAUAUCCCUAAUCCUAAAUGUUUGGAAUUUAAGUACAGAGGUAAUAGUAAGGGGGUUUUCAUAGCCGUGGAACCUAAAUAAAGGAACAAUUGACAUUCCGUUGCUUUCCAGAUGGAAAUGAAGUCUAAUGUUCGACAUUUUCUUUGAAAGUCAGAAGGAGCACUCCCAACACAACGAUAAGUGAAUUCAUUUAUGCCUGUGAUAAUAGCUUUCUUUAUGCCUCCAAGUCUUCUGUGAGAGAAAUCUAGCCACAGACUGAUUAGUUUCAUAACAACUUCAGUAUACCAUGUGCAUUGGAUCUAAAGAGAUCGUUGAAAAGACCAAAUAGAAAUGUCUCAAAAUUGAAACGUCCCUAAUGGUAAUUAGGUUGACUGUUGAUGUAAACUGUAAUCAGUUUACACAGUACAUUUAUCAUCUGGAAAUGUCAUCCUUCCAUCAAUGGGACGAUCCAUCCGUAGAAACCUAUCGCAACCUUCUUUUCGUUGUGAUUCACUGUUUAUCUAACAUCCAAACAAGCAGGAGCGUCACAGAUGCCGACAACUAGUUUGGUAGCUAUACAUUAGUUGAAUCUGACACCAUUCAGAUCCAAGUCAGCCAUUUCUUUUAUCUCAGAAAUUGUCAGUAGAUAUUUAAUUAAAUUCCGAAAGCUUCGUGUCCCCUCCAUAGACACAACUAAACCUAGGGGGGACGAUGAGGCCUAAUACUGACCAUAAUUGCUGAUUCAAGCCACUUGAAAUGGGAAGUCCGCCUACAUUAAUCACUAAUCGACCUACGUAGAAUGCUUGGACCUAGAAGGUCAAGUGUUCCAAACGGUACAGUUCGCCUUAAUCAUCAUAGUAUGCUCGGUCAAGUACCACUAAGAUAUAAUUAUUACGACACGUUUUUAGUGACUCACGGAUAUGGACUAUCCAGCCAAUGCCGACUAAAUAUUGUUGUAUGAGCCCUACAUCAUUCUAAAAUAAAUCUUUAGCACAUACAUGUAGACUGACGUAUGCGGUUGAGGUGAGUGUUGAUAACAAGAGAUGACUCUCUCUUGUUUCUUUUUAGAGAGCGAUUGUUCCGUACCAAGUGAAUAGUCCUUCAUAUCAUGAGUUAUUAUCAGUGUUGUAUUUAUUGUGACUAAUUAUGUCAGUGAUCUUAUCCCUUUGAGGCCAGGGUGUAUGAAAGAGACUUCUCGUUUGUAUCAUUUUUGGCAUGUCUGUUUUGUGUUAACAUACUGACGGAUGAACUCCUUUGGGUAAUUAACAACUUAGCAAAAACAUGGUUUCCACUUUAUACGAAUAUUCGUCAAGAUUAGAACGAAUAGUGUGACAGAAAUUGAGCGCCGAGUAUAGAGAAGUCAUCAUAUAUGAAAAUUAUAUUUGAAAUAAUCUCAGCGAUUGAAAUUUAAAUAAUUCCAACGUUUCGCGUCCAGCCAACUUGUCUGGACUUCUUCAGGGUAAUGAUCAGAAGUCCAGACAACUUAGCUGAACGAAACGUUGGAAUUAUUCAUAUUUCAAUCGCUGAGAUUAUUUCGAAUAUAAUUUCCAUAUAUAAUGGUUUCCACUGUUUUGAGUUUCAUUUAGUCCAAGUUCCUCUUGUGAAUUCACCGCUUAUUAAUCUAGAUACUGUCGCUUCCCCAUGACGGGAUAUUUAUUUCCAUUUUAAGCUUUGUAAAUCCCGAUAAUUUCUUCACAAUUUGUGGUACAAUGGAUAAAUUACAAUAUCUCUCCCUGAGGUAUAAUCACACUAAUACAACAAUAUGACAAUGAGACUGGCCUGGGUGGUCGAGUUUAUAAUACCGUUAGACUGAAUAUUCGAACGAUCAUCUACACACAGAUCAGAUCACGUUUUACCAGAUACACGAUUCAUCAUGACCAAGAAUAGAGAACCAAAGUAACGCCAAACACCACUUAACACAAUGACAAGCAGUCAUCCUUACUGAGUCCGGAGUAAAAUCAAUGAGAAGAAAAGAAAUCAUAUUUAAUAUUCUGUAAAUUGAGUACAUGUUUGUCCACAUUCAAUGACCAAUCACAUUUGGAAGAGACUAUAAUUUUAUGAACGAACCAAUCAAAUUUAGGUAUAACAGGUCUUGGAUUUUGGCAUGAAAUUUAGUCAUCCAUUUGGCUAAAUAACAUUUUGGCAUUUUAGCUGAUAUUAGUUCGUGAUGAAAACUUGAAAUCUAAUUCCUAGCUCUAACUGUCAAUUCAAUAUGUAGUGUACAAUUGUUUUUAAUGUCAGGAAUCUGAAAUCUGAUUUAUAUGUUCAGAAGAAAAUAGUUUCUAACUCUUUUCUACUAUGGUAGAGCAAACUCUAUUUCGUUACAUUGUAAAAUUAUCUCCAACUCUUUCAGUUGAUUACAUCACUAAGUCAUUUGUUUAAAGUUUAAUCAUCAUUUUAUUGUCAACUGCUUUUAUUCAUUUCACUUUUACUUAUUAUUAGUAUCUGUUCAUUAUGUAACCAACUUAUACCCAGACCUCUGAACUUUUGUUACUAUCAAUGUUGUAGAAUGUUCUACUUAUAUAUGUAUGCAAUAUUCUUAUUUAGUCUGUUGAAUCUAUUUGCAUUUUAACCAUACUACUCUAACAUGUAUUCACAAUAACUCCCAACCCAAUUCACUUGUGUAUAUGUUUUCAAUCCAUGUCAUACUUUUUUAUUUGUCAAUAAUGAAGGCUGUAAACCACUGACAAAACACUAAACGAAAUAUAAUGCAUUCACGUUAUUCUUCUCAAAUCUUUUUUCUUACUUUCUUCAAUAUGUUUUUUAUCGAAACUAAGAUCAUCAUUGAAUUUGUAAGCAAAAAUGGCCUCUUUUGUUCGGGAUGGAAACAAUCUCUAGUAUCUUACAAUAACUAGUAACAUCAACUUGUCGAAAGAUCGCAUCAUAGUUAUGUAAGCA